AUGGAAGCUCUAUUCAUUCACAUUGCCAACAAACUGGAAGCCAUCCGCUUCGGCAGACAGGCACCCUCGGGAAAGAUCCUAGACUUGUCUGAGUUGAAAUCCGUGGACCUCUGGAGGGCUGUGUUUGCCGAGUUCCUGGCCCAGGUGCUCUUUCUCUUCCUGGGUUGUGCCUCGGCGAUAGCCAUCGCUCCAGCAAAUGAAGGAUCAACCAUCUACCUUGUGAAGAUUUCUCUAGCAUUCGGACUGGCCAUCAUGGCGUUGAUUCAAAUGUUCGGACAUGUCAGCGGAGGUCACAUUAACCCAGCCGUGUCGAUAGCCAUGGCCGUGGCUAUGAACAUCUCUGUGGCCAGAGCUGUACUCUACGUGCUGGCGCAGAUUCUAGGUGCCAUCGUGGGGGGCUUCCUGCUCAAAGGGUUGACACCGUCUAAUUUUCACGGCAACCUGGCUGUCACCGGUCUGGGACCGGGGGUGACUCCAGCACAGGGGUUUGGCGUGGAGCUGCUUCUGACCUUCACCUUGGUGACGGUCAUUUUUGGAACUACUGACCCUAACAGGGCCAGCUUCGGUAGCCCGGCUCUCCUGAUUGGCCUGACAGUCACGCUUGGUCACUUGGCUGGCAUCAGUUACACUGGAUCCAGCAUGAAUCCCUCCAGAUCACUUGGGUCUGCCGUGGCUUCAAACUCUUGGGACAAUCACUGGAUCUACUGGGUGGGUCCAGUUGCUGGAGGAGUCCUGUCGGCCAUUGUCUACAAGCUAAUCAUUAACCCAUACAGAGGGGUCCUCAACGUCGAGGAAGCCAUCAACAAACUAA